UUAGAUGGAGAGGAGAUGGCCAUGAGAGCGCGCAGCUUCCAAUGUCGAUUCAAUUAGCCGUGCUCUUAUUUGGGUUUGAAUGAUAGAAAGAAUUGACCGUUGUUCACGGAGGAACAAAAUACAACUCACAACAUGAUCCUCUUUCUAUUUCCCUCCCAAUUCGUUUCUUCACCGGCUCAUAACUUCGACCCACAUUCUCCAAAACAAUUCAGAAUCAAACGGGAGAAAAAGGUAAAAAGAAAUUCAAAAGGUAAUCCAAUUCCAUUACGAUUUUUCCAGAAACCCCACGAGGCGGCCACUAAUUUGUUAUCCCUUUUCUCUCCCAUUGCCCUCCACAGCUCGUAGAUUCUCGCCCACGUUUGGGUAAAUCAAGGAAAGGGUGAGUUAAAAAUCUGGAAACCCUUUACAGAUUUUGUUUAGGUGUUUCUUGAUUCAACCAAUAACCCAAUUCCUGGUUUAAUCUGUGGUGAAUUAGACGUGUUCUUCCCGUUUGCUUGAUGGGUUUUUAGUUUCCUCCAUUGUUAUCAUUGUUCCAUGAUUAUCCAUGAAAAUCAAAACUACCCCAAUUCGGAAGUUAGCUGUAUCGUGUUGUAGGCUCAAUGAUCGAGAACUAGAGUUGUGAUCGAAGUGUUGGGGUGCAUUGAUAUUCAGAAACCCCACAUCCCAUUUCAGCUUCUCGAGGUUAAAUUUCUGGGUUGUUGUAAAGGAUCGCGAAUGUCAUGUCCAAGCAAUAGCUUCCGCUACAAUGGAAGCCUCUGUGCAUGCCCACCAGGGCAGCUUCUCAAUCGAACCAGCAACAGCUGUGUUGUUUUCAGCGGUACUUCGGCCAUUACUACAGGCCGGCUCGAGAACUCUGCUGUUAGUUUCCCAGAGACCAUAUUCGCCUUUGAUUCCAUCAGGAAGAUCACGCAGUCUCAGGCUGUGUUUCUUAAGGCUACUCUGGUCAUGCUGCUUUGUUGGCUCUUUUUCUGCAUAUUCCUUAGAUUUAUGAAGCUUGAGGAUGGCAGAAAUAUCUGGUUCAGGAUGAGAUGGUGGGUUAGCAGACUGGAUGUUUGCUUUUCUACAAGACAUUGGCUGGAUGACCAAAAGGUAGUCACAAAACGUAAAACGGAACUUGGUGGAACAUUCUCAAUGGCAAGUUGGAUAGUCUUCUCUGGCUUGUUCGCUGCGUUGCUUUACCAAAUCAUAUCUAAGAGAAGCAUCGAAGUGCAUAACAUGAAAGCCGCAAAUGCACCAGACUUGGUUUCCUUUGUGAAUGACAUGGAAUUCAAUAUAACGACAGUCUCAACUAUGAGUUGUUCAAAUAUACGUGGUCUUGAUACUAUUGUGUUCGGAAACCCUGGUUUUCUGGCACAGAAAGUAAUGCCUCUGUCAAAUUUUGCAAACUUCUCUUGUCAAAACAGGAGUGAAGGGCCAACUAUAAGCGUUAAGUGCGAAAAAUGUCGUUUCAUUCAGGAUGAUAUUUAUAUCUCAUGGCAGUUUAUCGAUCUUCCAAAUAACCCGGCAAGUGCUGUUGGAUUUCAGUUUAACUUCUCUUCUAAGGAUCAUGUUCAAAAGAAUCAGGAAAGUUUUGUUAGUGGAACAUUAAAAAAUAGAAGCAAUUUGGAUGAUACACCAGUUACAUUCAGAGGGAAGAAUGCAAAUAUCGUGCAAUUUAACCUAUUUCCACGAAUAUUCCGUAAUAACCAGGAUUCCAAGCUCAUGCAGCCUUUAUUUCAUGAGUUUGUAUCAGGUUCAUCCUUUCAGAAUACCAAUGAGCUCCAAUUAUCCCUUGAAAAUGCCAAUGAGGGACUACUCAACAUCACCUUGUACAUCAAUCUUCUCUCUUCGUACAUUGUCGAGGUAGAGCGUCAAAAUAUUUUCGGUCCUGUUAGCUUUCUUGCAGAUCUUGGUGGUCUGUAUUGCAUUACUUUUAGCAUUUUCUUCUACCUUCUGGUGCAGCUCGAGUACAGAGUUAAAAAGCUCCGCAAUGAAGACAGUGUUAUGCUUAAAGUUAGAAAUCGAAGAAAAGCACAAGAACAUUGGAAUAAGUUGAGGAAAUAUGUAAUGUAUACAUGGGGCUACAGUGCACUGGAUAAUGAUUAUAGUGAUCCAUCAAAAGGGUCUAGUUGCACCAACUGCAUUGGUCCAUCAAGUCGUAAGAAUGGAUCGUCGCGCCCGAGAGGGUUAAGGAGUGGAAGUAGUACUGCUAUCAGCUUUCACGUAGAUGUAAAUGGAUAUACCAAGGAGACUGCUAAGCAUGAUAUGAUAUCUCCGAAGGCGACAGCUACUGACCGUGAAAUGAGAACGAUAGCAACCAAGCAAGAGCGACCUCUGCACCAUCAGGUACUUGGUUCUACCCAUGAGGGGAAGCAACGUUUAACUGUUCCAUUCAAGGGAGAUUUUUCUCAUCCUGAAGAUAUUAUUCCACCACCGCCCUCAAUAGACUUUAAAGAUAGUUCUGAUAUCGGUAUGUCCGAUAUCUUGAGGAGUAUGAAAAGUUUGUACGAGUAUAAUGUAUUUCUUAGAGAAAAGCUAUUGUCAACUCAAUCCGAGGUUCGUGCUUUAGCAACCAAGUCCACGCCAUAAACCGAGUGCCCAACGUCGAACACGUGUAUAUUUAGUAAGCCAAACUUCAGUAACCUCUGUCAAGAUUCUCCCCGUCAGCAUCUUUCAGCAUACCUCCUUGUAGAACUCCGCAACCAUGGUAUUCCGACAGUUGAACACACAAUGUCUUGAGAGGUUAGUCCAUAGAUACUUUGUUGCCAGUUUUUUUUUGUUCAUCCACUCUUUUCAUAUAGUUUUGCCAGUAUAUGAUUCCUAGCAUGUAGGAUUACUGAUACCACAUUGUGUUGUAGUACUCUUGUUUAUAUAGUUCGUUCUUCGUACGUGCUCGGAUAGCCGAGAGAGAUCUUGCCAAUGUACUUUACUCUGUUGUAAUAUUGUUGAUAUUUGUUUGUUCCACGAGUAGAACAUGUACUGAUGAAGGAAGAUGUAUUUCUGUA